UGCAAUUGUAUCAAUAUACUUUUGGAUGAUAUAAUACUGAUGUAUAGAAACCAUUUAAAAAGGAGUCGACUUAUGAAACAUUUAUGUUAAAGAUUGGCUCUCUACGGUGCCCAACUUUUAUCGCUCCCGCAACGAGCAAGAGGGCGUUUCGGAAAGUUCACACGACCACGAGAAUGAGGCAACCGCUUCUCCUGCCGACGUCGGAUUUUCUAACUUGAGUUUGGUCGUCUUUUUCUCUCCAAGUAUCGAGGAAGAGCCACAGCAACUAACUGUGACCUAGAACAACUAGCUACAGGUUUUGGAACACGGGAAACUUGAGUGGGGUUUACGCUUUGCGAGAAAAGAACUUGUUUGGAAGGACGAACAACCAAUUCCUGGCUGUUUUCACAGCCAGUCCAGUUCUUGGGUCCUUCGUUUCCGAUAUUCCGCUGACCUCUCGUCCUCAUGACGAUCACGUAUACCGACCCGUUCGGUCCACCCUGGCGGUUCCAUUGGCAACGAAUGGUGUGGACUUGGCGUGGCGGAAUCGUUCAGGCAAUCUGGGUAGAAUGGCUCUUGGCCACCCUUGCGAGUGCCCUCGUGAUGUGGAUUUGGCUCGCCAGUUUCGAGUCCUACAACAAUAUUUCCGAGUGGCAAGCCCGCACCGAGAUUCUGUCCUACGCCUUGGGCUUCGUCACGACGCGUUUCCAGGCCGCUCUCGGUCUCAUGUUGGGUUUCUACACCGGGACCUUGUACUCUCGUUGGUGGCGUGUUCGAAAUUUAGAGAACGAAGUCAUCAAUGCGAUCAAAGAUACUUCCAUUCACGUCUCGGCCCUCGUUUACGAUUCCACACGCAAGGGAAACAAUCCGGCUAUCCCGCCGUUGGAUCUCCUGCUUCCAUCUCCAACCGCCGUAGUCGACGAAAAAGUGACGACGGAUGUCGUCGAGGUUACUGGUGAUAAAUUCACCCAAGACCGCAAUCCAAUCCAGAACAAUGGUGGAAAGCACAAAAGAACUACGUUGUCAAACAAUAGGCGAAAAAACAAGCCGAUCUCGAACGAAUCAGAAGCUUCGAAAGCGACCGAUACUACCAGCGCUAAUUCUACAAACGACCAUUCAAACGGGGAACGCAAAUCUACCGCGGAAGGUCUUAGCGCAGCAGAGGUGCGAUCAGCCAUGCUCCGCUGGGUUAAUUUAUCUCACGCUCUCGCGAUUGGUGUCUUUUACGAGCGUCAGCCCAACGCGUUCUCCGACCUCGACGCGUUGGUGGAAAUGGGACUGUUGGCGGAUACGGAGUACCAAUUCAUGACGAAUUAUACUGGUGACGCUGCGCAAGCGUUCGAUGUACCGUUUGUUUGGUUUAUGGACUUGCUUGGUGAGGUGAUUCGUCUGGAAAGAUUCGAUAUGCCCAUGCCGGCUGUCGCCAUGUUGAGCAACAACGUGGCACGCGUGCGUGGGUCUUUACAGAAUAUUUACAUGUACCGGACGGAGCCAGUGCCUUUGGCCUACCGACAACUUGUCAAUUUAACGGUACGCUUUUACAUGGUAGUUCUUCUCAUUAAUGAAGGUUUGAGCGCAUUGAAUUUCGCCGCUGAGGAAAGGAACGGAUUCGAUUUCUACCGGACAGUUUUUUGGAUGAUCAUGCCCUUCGGUUUCGAAUACUUUUUGUUUGUUGGUUGGCUAACGCUUGCGGACGCCCUGGGUAAUCCGUUUCGCCACUGGGCUGACGAGUUCGAAUGGGAGAAUUUUGUUCGAACAACGUAUGUCGCGUCAUUUGCUUUGAUCGACGAAUCGCCCAAGUCGUGCUCCACCCUGGGAUCGAGUCUCAAGGUAGCUGAGGAAAGAAUCAAACAAAAGCGUGAGGCAACCUUGGCUGCUUGGGAAAGUAAUCACUUGACAGCCUGUGAACGAAUCAAACAACCGGGCAAGGCCCAAACGCCGAAGGUUCAUUCGCGGAGAGACUUGUCCGACUUCUAA